CUUUUUAUUCAAGUUUCGCGGCAACGCCUCUCUCUCAUCUCUCUCUCUCUCUCUCUCUAAACAAUCCUUUUCUCUCUCAACCUCUUUUCGAGUUUUCCUCACCGAUCUAUCGAAGAAGCUUCUCAAAGCUUUUCUCAGAACCGAACUUUUAUCUGUGUGAUUCGACGCCGAUUCUCUUUUGAGAGCUGCGUAAUCGGUAAAUCAGAAGAUGGCGCCAAGUAGGACGUCCAAGAGUGUGUACAAACGUUCCACCAGAGAACCUUCUCCAGAGAGAGAUUUAAGGAACUCUAGCAAAACCAAGCCAAGAAGGAAGAUAUUGACUGAUAAGCUGGGACCUCACUGGACGAAAGGAGAGCUUGAGCGUUUCUAUGACGCUUAUCGGAAGCAUGGCAGAGACUGGAGAAAGGUAGCUGCUGCAGUGCGGAAUAGCCGGUCUGUUGACAUGGUGGAAGCUCUUUUUAAUAUGAAUCGUGCAUAUUUGUCCCUGCCCGAGGGAACUGCGUCUGUCGCUGGCCUCAUUGCAAUGAUGACUGAUCAUUACAGCGUCAUAGAGGAGAGCGAAAGUGAAGAAGAAGGACAUGGUGCCUCUGGACUAUCGAUGAAAUAUCAGAAGCGCAAACUUGCUAAACUUCCGUCUAGUGAUUUUCGAGAAGAAGUUUAUCCACCACAUCAAGUUGCAUCAGCGGAAGGCUGCCUCUCAUUUCUAAAGCUGACACAAACUUAUGGAAUGGAGCGACGUGCCGCUGGUAAACGUACACCUCGGUUUCCUGUAUCAAGUGAAUACCAGAGGGAUGAUAGAGAAGUUUCUAUGCCACCAAAUAAAAGAGCCAAAAAGCAACUUGAGGCCGAUGACGAUGAUACACUAGCGUUAGCAUUGGCAAAUGCAGCGAGAAGGGGAGGAGGGUCACCACAUAGAAGAGCAGAAGGCAAUCGAAGCACUCCAAACGAAAAAAUGUCACAAGCAAAGGAAGCUCAAUCCAAGCACCGUGCUAGCUCCAUGGUUAGGAAUGUGGUGAUAAUAGGCCGAGACAGAAGGCAUAUAAAGGGAGCGCCUGAUGGAGAUGUUGCUUUGUUGAUGGAUACGGAAGGGGUUGGUACGGUGGAGGUUCCCCAGAAGGGGAAAAAUGUUAGAUUUGAAGAAGCAGAAGGAGAUGCUUCUGAUGACAGGGGAAAAGCAUGCAAUGCCAAUGAGGGACUCAAAUCUGGAGAUGAAUUCGAAGCUCUGCAAGCAUUGGCUGAACUGUCAGCUUUACUGUCUUCUGAUGGUUUGAAGGAAUCAGAAUCAAAUCCACGGUUGAAAGAAGACAGAAUAGCUAACAACGUGGAUGAGAAACCUAACACUCCGGAAACCUUUGUCAGAAGCUAUCACAGACGAAAAUCAAAACAAGCAGGACCAGAAGAAGAUAGUCUUCUACCUGCAAUUUCAGCUGCUGAUGCUAGCAAACAGGAAACCAUUGAUGCUAAUGCUGUUUCCAUAGGGGAACUUGGCACUUCAAAAAGAAAACGUAAAACUCUACACAAUAAGGAAUCGGCUGAAGAUGAUAAUUUGAAGACUCUGAUCAAAAAAGCAAGACGUGCUGAUCAAAGUCCACCAAAGCAGCUGAGAACUGCAAAGACCUCAGAAGAAUCUUCUUCAAGUAGUGAUAGAAAAAUAACCGGACCGGAUGCAGUAGUGUCAGCUACACAAGUUUCAGGUUCGGUUCCAACGCAGAGACCACCAAACAGGCGUAAGAUGAGUUUGAAGAAAAGUUUACAAGAGAGAUCUAAAUCUUCUGAAACCACUCAUGAGAAGCCACAUAGCUACGAAACUAAUUCAAAACAUGAGUUAUUAAAGGAGCAAGUUUCUACUUGUCUGUCACAUCCAUUGGUACGUCGAAGGUGCAUAUUUGAAUGGUUCUACAGUGCUAUUGACUACCCCUGGUUUGCGAAGAUGGAGUUCAUUGAUUUUCUAAAUCAUCUGGGGAUUGGUAACGCUCCAAGACUUACUCGUCUUGAAUGGAGCGUCAUUAAAAGUUCUCUUGGUAGAACUCGGAGAUUCUCUGAGAAGUUCAUACAGGAAGAGCGGGACAAACUCAAACUGUAUCGCGAAUCUGCGAGAGAGCAUUACACAGAGAUACGUGCAGGUGGUGCAAGGGAAGUGCUUCCAAGAGAUUUUGCUCAGCCUUUAUCAGUGGGGAACAGAGUCAUUGCCGUACAUCCUAAAACACGGGAAAUUCGUGAUGGCAAGAUUCUUACUGUUGAUCAUAACAAGUGCAAGGUUCUGUUUGAUGACUUGGGCGUCGACUUAGUUAUGGACAUUGAUAUCAUGCCUUUAAAUCCGUUGGAAUACAUCAUGCCAGACGGUCUGAGGAGGCAAGUCGAAAGCAAAGAAGCAGAGGUCAACAGACGCCCAAGAUCUGAUGCAUCUGCUCUGUUCCCUCCGUCUGUGCUUGAAAAUAUAGACUUUUCCAUGAUUCCUCGUAAGAAACAGGAUGAUAGGGACACUACUGAUCAAUCAUUUAACACAGCUGAUAACAAGACAAGACAAGGUGAAAUUCGACGAGCUCUGAUGUUGGAGGAUACUUCAGAUGCAGAGGAAAUGGAGCCAGAAGUGCUUGGAAUUAUUAGUGGUUCAAGAUCAACAGCACAAGCAAUGGUGGAUGCAGCUCUUAAGGCUGCAUCUUUGGUAAAGGAUGAUAAAUACGUAAGGAAUGUGGUUCUACAAGCUUUAGACUCAAUAGGAGGAGAACAUCAUGAGCCAUUAGAUAACUCCAUAGUGUGUCAAGACCAAACCAAUGGCAUCUUCGAUCAUCAUCAGAGCUGGUCUCCCUCAGACACUGAAGGUUUGAUGAUGCCUUCAGAGCUUAUUGCCUCUUGUCUUUCAACUUGGCUCAUGAUUCAGAGGUGCACAGAGAAGAAGUACCCACCAGCUGAUGUAGCUCAGGUGAUGGAGAUAGCAGUGAGAAGCUUGGAGCCACGGUGUCACCAGAACAUGCCGGUCUACAGAGACAUUCAGACUUGCAUGGGAUGGAUCACGAAUCAAAUCAUGACUCUUGUAAAAAUAUGAAAAAAAAAACUUUUUGAUGGAUGGAUGGUAAUGGUAGAGGUUAGUUUAGUUUUAGUUAGGUAAUAAGUAAUGAACAGUUAAUUCUUUUAUUGGGCCAGUUUUGGGCUUAAAAGCCUAUGAAAUAAAAUUUACUUAAUUUUUA